AUGGAGCCAUCACUAGGGGGAAAGCAACAGAUAGAAAGUGAACUGGAUAUACUUGGACAGCAUCAUGACAGGAAAAGUGCUAAAUCAGUUCACCCUAACCAGAUAAGUGUAGGAAUUCCAGUAUGUAGGUUAUUUGUGUGGAAUUUCGUUGGUUUUUCCAGAGUUGGUUUGAUGGACUAUGUAACUUUUGUAAAUCUCCAGUCACAUGAGCUCAAUGAUAUUGACAUCAAGAAAGUAGCUCACAUUUCACUUGAUGAAACAUGUAGUUCGCUCCGUAUUGAUUCUGAGUAUUGCUUGAAAUGUGGUUCCUGCUGCUAUUUGGCUUCUAUGAGUGAAGCAGUUAAAAAAGCUUGGGUUAAUCUCAGAAGGCUGCAGGAUUCAAUAACUUUAAAAGAUAUGCACGGUACUGAGCUUUCAGAUGCUUUGAGAUCUGUUGGCAUUCUGAGAUCAAUGCUGCAUGCUUAUAACAAAGGCAUUGGAGAAGCAGAGGACAAUCUUGCACAGGCAUUUUGUUUCACAGGAGAUUUGCAGCCAGCAAGAGACCAUUGUAAAGCAUCGACUGAGGUUCCUACAUAUUGUCAGUUCAAUUGGAGGAAGCUAGAAAAUUUCAUCUUUCUCUAUAUGCUAAGGAGACCUCAAUAA